AUGCCUCAAUGUCGACAGUUUAGUAAAUGUGAAGAAGUAGAGCCGGUGAUUGUGUGCCGUCUGUGUGGAGAUUCAUGGGACACACCAGUAGAACUACAACCAUGCGGUCAUAUCUUUUGUAAAGUAUGCUUACUUGACUACAAGUCCCGCUGUCCUUCCACUUCCUCCUCUUGUGAUUGUACCAAUAGCAAUAGCAAUGAUGGAAAGAGUGCCAGUGGUAAUGACAACGAUGAUAUGAGGGGUGUUUUGUGCCCCACAUGCCGCUGCAUGUUGUUAGGUAGUGAUAGUCCCAACCGACUUCUUGUGAAUAAAUCGCUUGCAGUGAAUGUGCGGUGCAGCCGUUGCGGAUGGCAGGGGUCCCGCGAACAGAGUGGGCGCCAUGUGUGCGAGGCAAAGAUAAUGGAAGAAAAUAGUUCGUUGAGAGCUGGAGAAAAUAGUUCAUUAGGAGCUGAAGGAAAGAGUUCAUUGAGAGUAGGGGAAAAUAUCUCGUUGGAAGUUGGAGGUCCCAGCAGUGAAUUGCUAAGGAAUUUUGGGGAGGUGGAGUCGCCACCGGCAAGUUGUACGGAGCGCGAUCAGGUCGUACCGGCGAUUCAGCCAAGUGGUAGCGGCAACUGGGAGGAUUACGGACUCACACAGGAGGAGUACGAUCAAAUUAUGAGUGUAUUUGUACACUUUGACACAGAGGGGAGGGGAUUUCUGACCCGGGCGCAGUUGCGGCAACUUGCGUUUUCUCUCAAUUACGUGAACCGAGAGGAGGACAUUGAUCAUAUGCUCUCUGAGAUGGGUUGCGAUGAGAGCGGUGGUAUUAUGUUUGCUGAUCUUCGCAAGUGGCUGGGAAGUCAUCACCCCAACCCAGAUGCACUCUAUGGCCUUUCACAGUAUCAAUACACACAAGUGGUGCUGCAGUACCGUAGUCACAUGAACCAGAGUGGUCUGUUGUCGUGGGAGGCCUUUCGGGAGUUGUGCCUCAAUAACAAUUAUGCUGAAAAUCACUACGAGGCGUGGGAACUCUUUAGGUCGUGUGAUAGAUCUCUUGGCGGGGUUAUCAAUCUUCACGAAUUCCUCUUAAUAUGUCAACGCUUGUGGGGGAUUAAUGAGAAUAACGGGAAAACCAAAUCAAAUAUGGAGCCAAAAAAAAAGCAACAACGACCACAAUUACAGCAACCACCACCACCACCACCGCCACAACCGAUGCAAGUACAACCAUAUCAACAGUAUACAAAUCCUUAUGGUAAUGGAGAGCCUGCGAUGUAUGAAACUCCAUUAUCUUCCGAAGUGGAGUGUGAGGGGAAGAUAAAAAGGGAGUGUUCCGUUAUGUGA